ACCAUUUUCACCGCUUACGCAAAAGCUCUUCUCUGUGAGAGAGACCUGCGGCUGCCUCCUUCCUUUGGCUCCUUGGGUGUCUUUAUCUGAGCAUCACUUUUGCCUCCACUAUGACGCCCCUGAGCCUCCAGAAAGUGUCUCCAUCAGCUUUGUAAACCACACUGGGAUGAUGUUUGAGAAUCAGCAGUACACCCUGCAGUGUAGCGUACAGAACGUAGCUCCUGUUCAGAGCCUCACUGUGACCUUCUACAGAGGAAACACAGCACUGGGUCACCUACAGUCCAACAGUGAACAGAAGAAACCAGUGAAUGAGACCUUUACUCUGAACAUCACUCCCAGUAGAGAAGGUGAUGGAGCCCAGUACUGGUGUGAAGCCAAGCUGGAGCUGGGACCAGCUGGAUCACAGCGCCCUCCAGUGGUGACAUCAGAAAAACUCCCUGCUAUAGUUCACUAUGGGCCUGAGCUAAAGGAGCCACCAAAUCCAGAUGUGAUCACAAUCACAGAAGGAGACACUACACCUGAACUGCUCCUCUGUGGGAAACCCCAGCCCCUCAUACACCUGGACACUUCCAAAAAUAGUCCUUCCUACAGUGGCAGCGUUCUCACUAUUAAAUCUGUCGGCUUUGAGCAUGAAGGACAGUAUAUCUGCACUGUGAGCAACACAGUAGGGACUGUCACCAAGGAGUUUAACAUUGAUGUACAAGUCAACUCCAUCCCAUAUAUAAUAUCUGGGACGAUACUGGGAGCUCUGGUCCUUGUCAGACUGUCAGUGGGAUGCUACUGCAAAUGCAACUGA